AUUCUGAUUUUGAUCUGUGAAAUCUACAACAAUGCCUGAGCCGAAAGCUGCUCCUGCGCCCAAAAAGGGUUCGAAGAAGGCUGUUUCAAAGAGUCAGGCUAAGGGUGGGAAGAAACGCAGAAAGUCUAGGAAGGAAAGUUACUCCAUCUACGUGUACAAAGUGCUGAAGCAAGUACACCCCGAUACUGGUAUUUCUUCAAAGGCAAUGGGUAUCAUGAACUCGUUUGUCAACGAUAUCUUUGAGCGCAUCGCAGGUGAGGCUUCCCGUUUAGCACACUACAACAAACGCUCCACCAUUUCUUCAAGGGAGAUCCAGACCGCUGUGAGACUGCUGCUGCCGGGUGAGCUUGCUAAGCAUGCCGUGUCCGAGGGCACCAAGGCAGUUACCAAGUACACCAGCUCCAAAUAAACUGCAGAAGUCUUACCCGAAACCAACGGCUCUUUUCAGAGCCACA